CCAAACGAACCAGCUAAACCAGGGGGGUGCCACCGGCGCGGCGCGUCGUGGAGACAGCCCUCGUGGUCGAUCCGCCCGUGGGAUCUCGCGCACGCCAGGAUUGGGGAGCCGCGGCCUCCCUCCCUCCGCCCCGGCUAUGCAUGGGUUCCCGCGCGGAUCGCGGCGCGUAGACACAGAGAUCGGGAAGGGAGAGAGGAGAGAGAGCGAGAGACGGGGGAGGGCGAGGUCGGGGAGGCGGGGAGCAGCGCGCGCGCGCGCUCGUUCGGCAUGGACCAGAAUGCCGGCUCCUUCAUCGCCGUGCGCCGCCUCUCCGGCGCCGGCGCCGUCCACCACCACCGCCACCACUCCUCGCCGGCGGAGGUCGUGGGCGUGUCCACGGCGUGGAUCGGGAGGGGGCUCUCGUGCGUCUGCGCGCAGAGAAGGGAUAGCGACGCGCGCCUCUCGUUCGAUCUGACCGCCAUUCAGGAAGAGUGCUGGCAUAGAUUGCAGAACCGGAUAGAAGUGCAGUAUGAUAGUUCAAAUCUAGAUCAUCAGAAAGCACUGAAGGCCCUUUGGCGUGCUUCUUUUCCUGGAACUGAACUUCUAGGGCUAGUAUCAGAUCAGUGGAAGGAGAUGGGAUGGCAAGGAAAAGAUCCAUCUACAGAUUUCAGAGGUGGUGGUUUUAUAUCUUUGGAGAAUUUACUGUACUUCUCUAAGAACUUUUCAAAAUCCUUCCAGGAGCUCCUUUGUAAGAAGAAUGGUGAUAGAGCGUUGUGGGAAUAUCCCUUUGCUGUAGCUGGUGUAAAUAUUACAUUCAUGUUAAUUCAGAUGCUUGAUCUUCAAGCAGCUAAGCCAAAGUCAUUGAUUGGAGCAGUGUUUCUAAAUCUACUUAAAGAAAAUGAUCGAGCAUUUGACAUUCUUUACUGCAUAACUUUCAAAUUGAUGGAUCAGAAAUGGCUCGACAUGCACGCCAGUUACAUGGAUUUUAAUUCGGUUAUUAAAUCUACGCGGCGCCAGCUCGAGAGGGAGCUGUUGCUCGAAGACAUUCAGAGAAUCGAGGACAUGCCAUCAUACAGGUUUCUCGCCCGCUAGCAACUGAACUCGGUCACACCCCUAACAUUGCCACACACAGCGCAGCUCCAUACACGUGAAGAAUUACAACGUUGGAUCCACGUACACUGAGCUCAACGCUGGAGGAAUCUAGGAUAAAUGUGGACUGUGGAUGUGCUUCAUUGGAUUGUGUUAUCCUGUUUAGCUACCCUGACAGACCCAACAGCUGGGAUGUUAUUACUGGCUUUACCCUUGUACUAGGGCGCCUUUUCUUUUGAACGACAUACCGGCAGAUCCUAGGUUUCGUUGUAAACAAGAGGAUCGUGGAAAGUCGUCUGGAAAUGCUAUGUGGCUGUGUGUUCAUCCAUGCA